AUGUGCUGUGAUGAGGAUGUCAUUGCCCUCAUCUGCGUGGGUGUCCCGAUGGUUGUGUAUGCCCUGAUUGUAGGGUUCCAGAAAAGGAACCCAGCUGCUGUUGGUCAAGCGCUAAAGACUUGUUUUAAUGACAACAAAUCUAUAUGGAAAAAAGACCCUUUGAAGUGCCUUGCUGGUACUAAAUAUGGUGGCUUGUUUCUCUUCAUAAUGAUCGUGGCCGUGAUCUGCAUCAUUUACGGGAUUGUUGUUCAGAUACUCAAAUGUAUUUUGUGUUGCUGUAAUUGUUGUUGCGGGUGCUGCGGGUGCCUCGACUGCUUCCUCAAGUACGCGUUCCGCAUCGGGGUCGGCGUCGGGUACCCCUCUUUGAUGGAUUUUCUUACAUAUUUGAUCUCUGCUUCGGUAGCGAAGAAUAACAACUGGGUAGACAACAAUCUCUCCAAGAGAGGCGCAUUCAACAAUGCAGUGGGAGGUUACAGUGGCAUAUCAAUGCUAUCUCUUGCGGCCGGUUGGGUCUUCACUGUGGUCAUCGGCUCAUUUUUCAUCCAGAAAGACAGCUGCGGCCUGAAAUUCUUAGGGCUUAUUCUAGGUUGUAUCGUCGCCUUCGUCAUUAUCGCAGCUGUUGUCCCAGCAGAUCCUCGUAAUUUAUACUCUGGUAAAGCCUUUAACAAUCAGCUUUUCAUUAGCAAGGAAGCCAGGUGGGGCGGCGUUCUCCUCGGCUUCAUCAAUGUAGGAGUUUUCACAGGCAUGUAUGCUGCUGCCCUGUGUUGCUUGAACGGCUGCUGCUGUUGCAAGUAA